AUGUCUCGUACAACUGAAGGCCAUAUCUAUACCCGCAGCGAAGGCCACUAUGAUGGCCUGACCACCGACGCUGUUACAUCCGGUAGCCCUCGCAUAAAGUCCUCAUACGAUGUCAUCGUCAUCGGCGCAGGAUUCGCAGGCCUUGUCGCCGCUCGAGAUCUCUCCCAAACCACAAAUCUGAGUGUCCUACUCCUCGAAGCCCGCCAUAGAAUUGGUGGCCGGACCUGGACAGCCAAAGCUUGGGGUGAGGAAUACGAGAUGGGCGGGACUUGGGUGCACUGGGCCCAACCCCACGUCUACAGCGAGAUCUCGCGCUACGGUCUACAUACCUCACUGAAGACCAUCUCCGGCAGCGUCGCCCUCGAAAAUAUAUUCCAAAGGCCGCGUGGCUCCACGAAGCCCGCUGAAGCCGUCGACCUGCCAACCUUCGCAGAGAAACAAACCCGUCUAAUCGCCGAGUUCUUCACAAUCGACGGCCAGACCGCCCACGAAUUGAUGCCUUUCCCGCACGACCCCUCUCGAGCGGGAGCCCAGCCAUGGAAGAAGUACGAUCAUUUGAGUAUACGCGGUCGGUUGGAGCAGUUGGAUUGGUCGGAUGAGGACAAAGAUCUCAUCGAGGUUACCUUUGAGUCUGUUGGAUUAGCGCCUGGGGAGCAGCUGGCGUUUACGUCUGUGCUGGAGUGGUGGGCGUUGUCUGGGUAUACGAUGGAUGGGUUUGGGGCGGCGGUGGGGUCGUUUAAGAUUGGAGAGGGUGGGAUGACGGGUUUGGCGAGGAGGGUUCUUGCGGAGUAUAAUGGAGAUCGCUUAUUUGGUACUUGCGUCAAGAGGAUCGAGCAGAGUCGAGAUGAGGUGAAAGUUUGCGUGGACGCUGGAGAGGUGAUCUCCGCACGCCGAGUUGUGUGCACUAUUCCUCUCAACUGUCUCAAAGAUGUCGAGUUCGAUCCUCCAAUGAGUGUUCUUCGACAAGAAGCGUUCGAGGCAGGCCAUAUCAACAGAGGCACCAAGUACCAUUUCCAUAUCGACCAAGUCCAACCAGGGUGGGGCUCGGGUGCCGUCGAUGACUGCGACAAUGACUUUCUCACCGCCAUGACGGACCACAAUGGCACGCAAUCCGACCAGCCCGACGGAACACACUGCGUGGCGUUCGGGUACAGCGGCCAUCUUCCGGAUCCCAGCGAUGACAUGCGAGUCAUCUCGGCUUUCCAGCAGCUCAAGUCGGAUGCUUCUGUUCGUGGCUAUCUGACGCAUCACUGGGCGAAAGAUCCUUUUGCGCAAGGGACGUGGUUCUGUGCCGCGCCAGGGCAGACGACGAAGUAUUUUGAUGAGUUGCAGAAGCCGCACCAGAGAGUUCACAUGGCUAGUGCGGAUUGGUCGGAUGGGUGGCGGGGCUUUGUUGAUGGGGCGAUUGAGCAGGGUAGAAGGAGCGCACUUCGUGUGGCGGAGGCUCUCGAGAUGGAGAAGGCCAGCGUUAGUGGGAACCAUUGA